AUGUUCGCUCCCUUCGCCCACGCCCGGCUGCUCCUCGCCAAGUCCUUCGGCAGCCUGCGCGGGACCACCCAGCCGAUCGACGGCCUGUGUCUGCUCACCGAGCCCCGCGCCCUCGCCGUCCUCGCCGCCGGGAACGUCUCCCUCCACGACCCCGCCCAGCUCGCGCUGCUCUCCAGCUGCCAGAAAUGGACCCGGGCCCAGGCCUCCGCCCUCUCGCCCCACGCCGCCGUCCUGCGCCCGGCCGGCAGCCAGCUCGUCCCCCAGCCGCCCGGCCCGCCCCAGCACGCCGCGCCCCCCGUCCUGCUCUCCAUCCUCGCCGUGCCCUGCAGACGCAGACUGGUGCUCUUCCUGUGGCGCGACGGCCAGGAACACAUCGCCACCUUCUUCACCCUCCACGGAAAACUCGCCCGCCCCCACGCCAUCGUCCACGCCGGAACCACGCCGGUCCCCUCUAGCAUCCUCUACCCCGCCCCGCCCGCCGAGUCCCUCGUCAGACCGCCCUACCUGCUCUCGCUCCUCCAAUCCAGCCAGACCUCCACCUCGCUCCUCAUCCACGCCCUGCCCACCCUCUCCCACCUCCAAACCCUCCCGCUCCCCGCCCCCACCCACCCGCUCCCACCUGAAUCGGCAUCCCCAUCCGCCCCCAACACCGCAUCCCCGGGAAAGAAACAGACCCUCGAGCCCCCCUUCAACCCCCGCACCCUCCCUCCCCGCCCCCUAAUCGCCGCCGGUCCCACCCCCGCCGGGCCCAUCUUCAUCGUCGGAUCCCACUGGAACCCAACAGAUAACACCACCCAGUACCAUCUCGAUGCGCUCCUGCUCAAGCCCUGGCCCGGCCAGAUCCAGCAGCUCAUCGAGAUCGGCGAGUACGAGGAAGCGUUGGGGCUGAUGGACUGUCUGGACCAGACCCAUCUACCUGCCAAGGCCGAGCUGAAGAAGAAGCUGGACGGACUACGUGCGGUGGUCGAGUUCGGGCGGCACAAGUACGACGCGGCGGUGGACGAGUUCAUCCGUCUGUCGACCCAUCCGGCCAAAGUCCUGGCCCUGUAUCCGAGGGAGAUCUCCGGCUCGUUGGGGAGGGAUCGGGAAGAGUGGGAGGAGAUGUUUGGCGGACGCAGUGCGGAAAGCGUCCGCUGCUCGCCCCUCGUCAGCUCUCAGCCCCACCCUCCCCAGAUCAGUCGUGCUGGCUCAGACAUCGGCUCCAACCUCCCGCCAACCGGAGACGACGACCGUCGCUCGAUCAUGUCCGGGCCAUCUGCAGCGCCGGCCAAGUCCGCGAAACCUGGCGACCAGAAAACGCUCCCCGACGAGGAUGCCCAGUUCAGAGCCUCCGUCGAGGUCCUGAUCCGGUAUCUGACCGACCGAAGACAACAAGUCAACCGCGCGCUCCUAGCGCUCCCCGAGACGCCAGAGGAGGCCAGCGGGCCGCCCUGGACCCCGGAGCGCAUAGGCGAGCUGGAGGACCGGCCGAUCGCGGAGAUCGGCGCCCGCCAGACGCUCGUCAACGUCGCCAAGGUCAUCGACACCGCCCUCUUCAGGUCCUAUCUCGUGCUUAGACCCACUAUGCUGGGGCCGCUCUGCCGACUGCCCAAUUGGUGCGAGGUCGAGCUCGUCGAGGGGUUGCUGAUGGACGCCAAGCGGUAUCAUGAGCUUCUCGAUCUCUAUCACGGGAAAGGACAGCAUGCCAAAGCGCUCAAGCUGCUGAAAAAGAUGGCGAUGAACGAGGAUGAUGUGGAGACCCAGAUCGAGCCGACGGUCCGGUACCUCCAAAAGCUAGGCUCGGCGCACAUCGAUGUGAUUCUGGAGGGGGCGAAGUGGGUGUUCACGGUAUGCGAAGACAACGAAGGAUCGGAAGGAGACGGAGGAGGGAUGGGGCUGACGAAGGCGGCACUGGAGAUCUUCGUCGCGGACUUGUCGGCCGUAGAUUCGCUCCCGAAGCCGCGCGUCGUCGCGUUCCUCGACCAGCUCCGCUCCAGAACGCCCCUCCGUCUCUACCUCGAGUUCCUCGUCCAGGCCUUGCGCCUCCAGGAGCCCGCCUUCCACGAGAAACUGGUCCAGGUCUAUCUGCUCGAGAUCACUCGGUUGCGCGGGAUGGGCCUUCUGGAGAGUGCACGAGAGAUGUACGCAAAGCUGCUGGCGCAUCUGGAAGAGUCGGACAGCUACUCGGCGAGCUGGGUCUUGGGCCGGCUGCCGGGGGAGGGCAUGUGGGAGGCGCGAGCGGCGGCGCUGGGAAAGAUGGGCUCGGACGAGCCGGCGCUGCGGAUCUAUGUGGACCGGCUGGCGGACCUAUCGAAGGCGGAGCACUACUGUCUGCGGACGUACGAGAAAGCCGGGGGGGCCGCGAGCGACGGCGGGGUGUUCCUGUGUCUCAUCCGCAUCUGUCUCGCCAGCAGUCCUCCCCACCAAGAAGCUCCCACCCAGCAGCAGCCGGCCGAGCCUGGAGCGGCUGAACAGGACGACGACGAGGAGGAGGGGCUGGAGUCCGUCGGCCACCGACUGUCCACCACACAGCUGCUCGAGGCCGGGCUCCGGCUCAUCAACGAGCACGGACACAAGGUCGCGCAGACGGCAGAGAUGCUCGGGCUCGUCCCCCCGCUGGUCUCCCUGGCCACGCUCGACGGCUUCUUCGCCGCCGCGCUCCGCCGCCGCGCCGCCGACUUCCAUCGCCAGACGUUCGCUAAACACGUCCUCCGGGCGCGGCUGGCCACGCUUUCUGUCGCCAGAGACGUGUUUGCGGGACGCAGGGUCAAGGUGGACCUGAAACGCCUAUGUGUCGGAUGCGGCAAGCGGCUAGGCACCAGCGUCAUCGCCGUCCAUCCCCCCUAUGGGGAAGUGACCCAUUACCAGUGCCAGGACCGGUUUAAUUCGCCCCAUUUGCGCCGACUGCCAAUUGGAAGAAGAGAAAGACGGGAUCGUACCGCGACUCUGGGAGUGUACUCAUUACAGGAACCGGACCUCACGAGCUCCCGGAAGAUGGCAGGCUCCGCCGAUGGCGUCGCGAAAGCGGCCGACAAUGGGCGUGCCACGAACGCUCCAGACCGCAGCGACCAAGACGAGCAGGUCCGGGCGGCCACCGUGUUACAGACCCGAUUCAGGAAAUAUCAACGCCAAAGAGAGGACGGCGGGUUGAAUUUGACGGCUUCGACUCGCUGGCAUGAAGCGAUUAAAGAGCAAAACUUCAAAACGGCCCGUCGACAUUCCACCCAAGGCGGCCGAAGCGACUCUCACUCGCGAUGGAAACGCGCGGGGGUUUUUACGUCAGGAUUGGUAGACUCGGGCCCCACGUCUCCCCACCGUGAGGCUGACCCGCUGCUGAAGAGUCCUAGUACGAGACCUAAGAAAACUAUGGAUACUACCUACUGGUUGGAAAUGGUCGACCACAAGCACCGAUAUGGCUCUAAUCUCAAGGCAUAUCACAUCUAUUGGAAUACUCAGUACGAGGGGGACCAAAACUUCUUCUAUUGGUUAGAUCAUGGAGAGGGGCGUGAGUUAGACCUUCAAGAUUCACCGAGGGAGCGACUUGAUUCUGAAAGGAUAACGUACUUGACGGCGGAGCAGCGAAGGAACUACUUGAUCAAAACUGUGGAUGGCAAAUUGGUCUGGGCCAAAGAUUCCAGACCGGUUGACACAGCGCGCGGUAGACACAAAGACUUGGGGAAUGGACACGGAAUCGUUGAUGCAACUCCAGAAGAAUUUGAAGCUGCCAAAGCACGGGGUGAAAUCGCAUCCAGUGAUUCAGAUUCCUCGAUGUCGAGCUCUGCAAGUUCCAUCCUUUCACGAGACGCACAUCAUUACGCACAAGCAACCCCUCAAAAGUCCGGCGUCGUGGCCAAACUCAAGUCGCAUGUCGAUCCCAAAGCAAUCAUGGACAACUUGCUCCGAAAGACUCUCAAUGCCAACACUUGGAUCUUCGUCGCUGAUCAGAGUGGGAACAUGUACGUCGGAAUCAAGCAAACUGGUAAAUUUCAGCAUAGCAGCUUCCUCGCUGGCAGUCAUGUCAUCGCUGCGGGCUUGUUGAAAGUUGAUCAGGGGCAAUUGACUUCGUUGAGCCCUCUCAGCGGACAUUAUCGCGCCGGCUCUGAUCAGUUCAAAACGUUUGUCAAGAUCUUAGAGCAUGAGUGGGGAUGCGACAUGUCGAGGGUUUCGAUUUCGAAAGCCUUGUUUAUGAUCGGAGCGCUGGAAAAAUAUGCGCACUUCAGCAAGAAGAAGGCGGAGAUGAAGGCGAUGAUGAAGAAGCUGUGGAAGAAGCACAAUGAUCAAGAUCCGGAAGCGCUGGCGGCGGAGAAGGAAAAGAAUGAGGACCGGCCGGCUCAAGUAGCAGCAGAGCACGCUUCGCACCAGGAAAACUGGCAAGAAACUGUGCGAGUGAAUCGGCUGGCGAGGGUGGCCGGGGAAGAAGAGCGCGAACGAAUUAAGAAACAACAGGGCGCACUCAAAGAUGGACGGCUGCGGAACUCUGUCGUCUUGCCGAGUCUGCCGCAUGAGGGCAAGAAGAAGGAAGACAUGACGGAUGACGAGCGGGUGGAGCGCGGUGCGGCUCUCGUCGCAAGAGCCAUGGCAAGGCAGAGAAAAUGCUGA